AUGUCGAACCGUUGGAUCCAACCAGGCGAUAAUGCCGACAUCACUAUGGAAAGGAAGAAAGCAACGUUCGAUGUUGAAAAAAUGUCGGAAUGGAUUUAUGGAGGAAAACAAAUUCUUGAUAGAAGGCGUGAGAUUUUAGCCUUCGUCAAAUCGGUUGAUGAUUUCAAAGAUCCCGUCCCGGUUGAAUUCAUGUCUCGUGAAGACCGUGUUGAAAAUGGCACCCGGAAAAUCGUGAAAAUGACUGACAACACUGAUCAAAUUGAUGGCUCCGACUUUUUCGGCGAAGGAAUGUAUUACCAAUCACUAGUGAUGGGUAGAGAUCUCCAUCCGCUAUCUCUUCAUUACGUCAUGUUUUUGCCAACACUCCAAGGUCAAACGAACGAUGAGCAACUUGAUCAAUGGCUUGGCCCCGCGAUCGCUCGUUCGAUCGUCGGAACCUAUGCACAAACUGAACUCGGACACGGAACUAACCUGUCAAAACUUGAAACGACGGCAACAUAUGAUCCGAAGACAGAGGAAUUCGUGAUUAACAGCCCAACUGUCACCGCGGCGAAGUGGUGGCCCGGAGGUUUAGGAAAAUCAUCGAAUCAUGCGAUCGUCGUGGCUCAACUUUACACUAAUGGAGAGUGUAAAGGGCCCCAUCCAUUCAUCAUGCAAUUAAGAGAUAUAGAGACUCAUAAACCACUUAAAGGUAUUCGCCUUGGAGAUAUUGGACCAAAACUUGGUAUUAAUGGAAGUGACAAUGGAUUCAUGCUUUUUGAUAAUGUGAGAAUUCCUCGCAAAAAUAUGCUUAUGCGUUAUUCAAAGGUUUUGCCGGAUGGAACAUAUGUUGCUCCAGCUCACGCCAAACUCGGAUAUGGAACAAUGGUUUUCGUUCGUUCAAUCAUGAUUAAAGAUCAGGCAACACAGUUGGGAGCUGCGGCGUGUAUUGCGGUUCGAUAUUCAUCAGUUCGACGUCAAGGAGAAAUCACACCUGGUGAGCGCGAAGUACAAAUUCUUGAUUAUCAGACUCAACAAUUCCGUAUAUUCCCUCAACUCGCUAGAGCUUUUGUUUUCCUCUUCGCUGCUUACGAAAUCAAGGAAUUGUAUAUGAAGGUCACUGAAGAUUUGACCAAGGGUAACACUGAGCUCCUCCCAGAACUUCAUGCGCUCUCAUCUGGUUUGAAAUCCAUUGUAUCGUGGGAAACUGCUCAAGGAAUCGAACAAUGCCGACUGUCAUGUGGUGGACACGGUUAUUCUCAAGCUUCGGCAUUCCCCGAAAUUUACGGCUAUGCCGUUGGAGGCUGCACAUAUGAAGGAGAAAAUCUUGUGAUGCUUUUACAAGUCGCAAGAUUCUUAAUGAAAGCUGCGGAAGAAGUUAGAAAUGGGACAUCGAAUCUGGCUGCGAUUUGUGCGUAUCUGGGAAAGAAAGGAGAGGGACGAUCAAAAUUGAGUCACCAUUUGGAUUAUACCAGUGAUCAAAUUAUUGCUGAUCUCGAGCAUGUUGCCAGAGAGCAGGUGUUCCGGGCAUAUGAUCGUUUAAAGGCUGCCCAGCAGCAUCUCCGCCCUGAAGAUGCUUGGAACUCAGUGUCACUUGAACUUAGCAAAGCUUCGAGAUGGCAUGUUCGCCUUUAUUUGGCGAGGAACUUCUUGAACAAGAUUUCUUCAGCUCCAGCUGAUUUGAAAAAGGUUUUGAUCGACUUGGCAAAAUUGUACGUCUUCGAUAUCAUUUCUGCUUCUUCGGGCCAAUUCCUUCUUGGUGGAUAUAUGACUGAGCAGCAGUUGGAUCAAAUCAAGGAAGGAAUUUACAGUUGCUUGGCUAACAUUCGUCCAAAUGCUGUGAGCCUCGUUGAUAGUUGGGACUAUGAUGACGUGGAAUUGAAAUCCGUUUUAGGAAGACGUGAUGGAAAUGUCUACGAAGCUCUAUUGAAAUGGGCCCAACAGAGCCAAUUGAACAAAACAGAUGUGCUUCCGACAUUCCACAAAUACCUCGGACCAAUGAUGAAAGAGGGCCGUUCAAAAUUGUAA